AUGCAGACCGAACUGGUGGUACUCAUAUUCUUCUGCUGCCGCCUCAGCGGUAAAGAAGCGAGCUGCGAUGAACAGUUGGUGUACAAGAUGACAAACAUAGAGUGCGUCGGAAACCCGGAGCGUGUGAAAAAUAUCUCCUGCAAUCUAAAAGCCGUCAACUGGACUAGGGCCAUCGCUAACAUGGAUUGUUACCUCCCCGUCCCACUGUAUAACCCUGUGAUUCGGUUGCAGCUCUUCAAGAGGGACUAUAGCAACCAGUGGAAGCCUUUCCUGGUGGAUGUGUCUGUUAACGUAGGUGACGUGAUAUCUAGGAGGAGCUUCCUGCCCUACGGUGUCAUCAUGUGGAAGAUGUUGCAGCGUUUCACAAACGUCAACCACUCCUUCCCGAUUUCGGGUCACCUAUUUGCCCGGAAUGGUUAUCUGGACCCAUCAUUAGUACCACCCUUUCCACUUGGCCUCUACCAGGUGAGUGCCGUUAUCGUGGAUAGGAAUUCCGGCAUUAGCGAGUACGUGGGCACCGUCAAGUUCUAUUUGCAGUCCAUGUUGCCGGUGAAGAACAAGAAAAGGCCCAGACCUAAGGCCCAGGAGUCCUAAGAUA